AUGGCCAGUUUCGCUGGAGUGAAGAAAAUGGAGGUCCUCCACGAAGGCCUGUCUAGAGGUAUCCGUGCUUCGGUCUUCAUCGGCCUCUUCCUCGUCGCAUACGUCUACGGCCUGGAUGGCCUCGUACGGAGCACAUACCAGCCGUAUGCUACCGCUUCCUACAAGACCCACAGCCUCCUUGUGACCGUCGAUAUACUACGGGCUGUUCCCACCGCAGCCAAGAUCGCAGGCGUCAUUGGGAGACCCGAAUUGAUUGUUGUGUCAAUAUUCUUCUACACCAUUGGCACUGUGGUCGAGGCUUGUUCCAAAACAGUAGAACAGUUUGCUGCAGGUGCGGUGCUGUAUCAGGUCGGCUACACACUUAUCGUACUGCUUGUCGAAAUACUUGUGGCGGAUCUCUCAUCCCUGCGAAGCCGUUUGCUGUGCUCCUAUAUACCUGCGAUUCCUUUCAUUAUCAAUACAUGGGUCAGUGGAGAUGUUGCUGCAGCUGUUACGCGUGCGACUAGUUGGCGGUGGGGUGUGGGCAUGUUUGGAAUCCUCUACCCAGCCUGCACUGUUCCCCUACUGUCUACGCUAUUCAUCUCUCAAUACGUGAUGAAGCGGAAUGGAGACUACCACGGGGCUCAGAGAACCCAUGGUGCCUGGCGCGCGACAAAGGGAUUAUUCUGUUACAUGGAUGUGAUUGGUAUGAUCCUGCUGAUUGCAAGUCUCUCCCUCAUAUUAGUUCCCUUCACCAUUGCGGGGGGCUUCAGUGGGCGUUGGAAACAGGCCAAAGUGAUUACACCUCUAGUAUUCGGGAUACUAUGUCUACCGGCCUUCGUUUACUGGGAGCGAAGAUGCGCGCAUCCAUUAGUCCCAUUCAAAUUACUAAGGGACCGAGCUGUGUGGGGAGCAUUGGGUAUUGCGACUGUGCUCGUUGUUAGCUUCGGUGAGGGCAUUAGCAGUGCGACGAGGAUACACUCGCUUUACGGCUUUGCCUCUGUCAUCACUGGCUUCUUACUUGGCUUCGUCAUAUACGGAGUCAGACGCCUCAAGCCGUUCAUCGUUGCAGGUAUCCUCUUGUUCAUGGUUUCGUUCGGCCUAUUGAUCCACUAUCGCGGGGGACAUGAUUCAUCAAGCCACUCGGGCAUCGUAGGGGGACAAGUGCUUCUAGGCAUAGCUGGUGGACUCUUCCCAUAUUCCGCCCAAGCCAGCAUCCAGGCUGCUACCAAACAUGAGCACCUCGCUGUCGUGACCGCACUCUUCAUGACCUGCUACAACAUCGGCAGCGCCCUCGGUGGCACCAUCUCCGGGGCAAUCUGGACGCAGGUUCUUCCCACGCAGCUGGAAACCCGGUUGAACAACGCCACCCUGGCGGCCGAGGUAUAUGCGGACCCGUUCACGUUCAGCCUGCAGCACCCCAUGGGAACGCCCGCCCGGGAUGCAGUCGUCGAUGCCUACAGGGAUGCGCAGAGGCUGCUGUGUAUCACCGGCAUAUGUCUCACCGUGCCGCUGAUCGCGUUCGCUCUCUGCACCCAGAACACGAGGCUCACCAACGAGCACAGCCUGGCCAAUGCUGAGGAGGAUUCGGAGUAG